AUGGCUGCUGCUGAUGAUCAAAUGAAAUUAAUGUUUGAAUAUGUAAUGAUGCAGAAUAUUCAAAAUAAUUCUAUUCAGUUCGAUCCAAGUGAAUUUUAUCGUAAAGCGUCGACGACUACACCAACAAAUAUUGAUCCAUCAAUAAUACAACAAGUUUUGAAGGCAUUAGAGAUUAUCUCUAUACGACAUGCAUUGAAAAAGAAACAACUUAUUGCCUGCAGUCAUGCCCACCCUAAUAGCUGCUUAGAACAACAUUUAACAAUUGGCCUGGGUAAGGGGUUUGUUGGUUUAAGCGGUGGUAGUUGUCAAUUUAUAGCUGCUCAAUUUAAAAAUCAAGCAAUGAAACACAGUUCAUUAACUCCGACAGAGAUUGAACAAGCGCUGACAUCCAUUAUUGAUAAUAUACAAGAAUAUCCAACAGUGAAUAAGAUAAGAGUCAAAUUAUCUUAUCAUAACAAUGGAAUAUUACCUAAUUCAGAUGGGACCAGAGCGAUACGUGAAAAGCAAACAGAAACAGUAGUUGUAGACGAAGUGGAGGAGGAAGAUGACGAUGAAUUUGACGAUAAUCAGGUAGUUGAAGAGACUGAGCAAAGAAAUAAUUUAAGAACUUCAAUGGGAAUUAGCAAUGAACAAUCAUCACCUCCAGCUUCCUCUCGAAACCGAGCAGUGUCACCAGAUAAAAGAGCUGGAUCAACGACUGAUGUUCGUCCGGCUAAAAAACGUUUGUCUUCGAGGAAACGUACUGGUGUCAACGGUUAG